CUUCGCUAUUUUAUAUAGUUCAAUCAUUGUAUUCAGUUGAUGCUCCUACAAAUGUAGUUAUUGUUGUUAUUUAGAUUUGCACUGUAAACUACAUACGUGGUUUCAAGACAGAGUCGUGAUUAAUGGCUUUAAAUUGUCCAAAAUAAAAUCUUUGUCCAUUUAUGCACAGGAAAAACUCAGUUGUGGUGAGCGUUGUUCAAAAGUUGGGCAUUCUUAAGCCAUAAGAAUGUAUGCAAUAUAAACGUUGUCUUGCUUAUAAAAAAAAAGGGCUUCUCAGCACUCAUUUUCUCAAAUACACUGUCAAAAAUUUAAAUGUCCUUUUCAGUUUCCUACAAUGACAUUGGCAAAUCUGCUAGAAACCUGCUUUUAAGAGACUUCCCGAUCGGUGGUGUUAAGCUCGAUGUCAAAACAACUGCACCUAACGGUGUGGCAUUUCGAAUUAAUGGACAACGUGAUAAUAGAACAGGUAUCAUUAUAGGAGAUCUAGAAACAAAAUAUAUGGAUAGAAAAACAGGUUUUGCUAUCACCGAAUCUUGGACAACCUCAAACCAAAUUAAUGGAAAAAUUGAAUUGAACAACAAUCUCGCAAAGGGCCUUAAAAUAGAGUUUUUAACAUCACUUAUACCUAAUGCGAAGGAGAAAGCGGCUAAAUUGAACGUAACCUACCGUCAAGCUAGUGUUCUAACUGCUAUCAAUUACGAUGUAUUUAAGAAUGUGAUGAGUGUUAACUCUACUUCUAACCGUGGUGGCUUCGUCGUUGGUGCUGAAGCUGCUUAUAAUGUUAGGGAUGCAAAGAUUCAUCGAUAUAAUGCAGCAGUAGGUUAUAGCACAAAUGAGUAUGCUAUUGCUAUUAAUUCAGCAAAUAAUAUGUCACAAUUUGCAGUAUCUUAUUAUCACCGAGUAAACGGAGAUUUAGAGGCAUCAGGAAAAGCUGUUUGGAGUAAGACAACAAUGAACGGCGUGGCGUUGGAAGUAGGUGCUCGAAUGAGAUUGGAUAAAACUUCCUUUAUCAAGGGCAAAGUGACAAAUUCUGGGAUAGUCGGAGCCUCUUACACACAGCAAGUUCGACCUGGCGUCAAAAUUAACUUUGGUGCAGCCAUUGAUACGAACCGUUUAAACGAGAAUGGACAUAAAGUGGGCAUGGCUUUAACCUUUGAAAAUUAGACCAAGCAUGAAUAAAUUACUUUUACAUACUUAGAGAUGCGUGAUAAUAACUUUUGGAUUGAGAAGCAAUGAAGACUUAUAGACUUCUUUAUUUGUUUUAAUUGAUGGAAAUGAAAUUUAAUGGUCAAAUAAAAUAAACUACCAUCCUGGUUGGAAAUAAAAACUAGCUUUCGCCAUUACUUAACGUGGCUUGUUUUAUCCAUUAGUUUCAAGUGGUGAUUGUUAGUGAUUAUGUAAGCAGUUAGAUUAUGGAUCAGGUGUACAGUUUUUUAGCUUUGGGUUU